AAUAUGUGCGCUCUCUACGGCAUCACUAGGUGAAUACGACUUGCCCAACAUAUACAACUGAAUGAACCCGUCAAAUGCAUGCACCGUGCACUGCUGCUUCGCCCGACAAGCCAACACACAAUUCAAUGCUUCAUCACCUCUUUCUGAUGGCGUAUACAUAUGUAGCAGUCGGAAAACGAACCACACGACGUCAACAUUUCAAUCUAGCUGCAGACAGAUCUCCCGUCAUUCGUCAAAUCGUACUGAACUUUGUUAUGGGAUCACGCAGGCAAUCGGGAAUACCUGGUGCAACAUGAGAGACAACGGCAUGAGAUGCUUCUCCGUUCUCCCGUCCGUCGCCUCGACAACUGCUGAGAGGUAAGGAGGGGGGACAAGCAGAGGGG